AUGACAGAACCUCUGCUGACUCCCGGCGAAUACGGAGAAGUUGAAGAAAAUCCUCUUGGCUUGUACGAAGGGGAGAGAAAUGAGCAAGGUAGUCGACACGGUUUCGGUAAAACUUUGUUACCCAAUGGAGACAUGUACGUUGGUCAAUAUUGCGAAGGACUAAGAAAUGGCAAAGGUAUCUAUGUAUUCAAGAAUGGUGCUCGAUACGACGGAGAAUGGAGACAGGGACUUAAAUACGGCCAAGGGAUUUUUUGGUACCCCGAUGGAACGCGAUACGAAGGCGAAUGGAAGCGUGAUACUAAGUAUGGAUUUGGUGUAUAUUUCUACGAGAAUAACGACGUUUACGAAGGUUCCUGGAAAAAGAAUCUUCGUCAUGGUUUGGGAACGUAUCUCUACGCCGCAACUGGGACUAAAUUUAUGGGUACUUGGAUAAAAGAUCGCAUGCAAGGACCCGGUCAAAUUGUAUACCCACGUCAUCGAUAUCAUGGAUUUUGGGAAUUAAAUUUGCCAUUAGGACGCGGUUGUUUUACCUUUGAAAACGCGUGCAUGCAACAUGGACAUUACGUACAUCUACGAGAUCCUGAUUAUGAGGAAACUAAGGAAGAAAUAAAAGAUUUUGAUACUGCUACGGAAGCAGAUACAAAGACAGAAGAAGAAGAAACGAUCGAAGAUAAACCUGCGGAAGGAAUACCUCUUGAUGAACAACAACCCGUUCCAUUGAAAAAGGGUAUUCUACCUGUAUGGCGUGCACGUUGCAUAACUCCAUAUAAUCCUAAUUUAUUACCACCUGAAGCUGUACCUUUGCAGGAAGAGGUAUCGUUGCAGUCUUUAACAGAUAAGUGUCUCGAUGACGAGCCUUGGAUGGAACCGGAAGAAUAUUUAAAGUAUCAUUUACACGAUUACGAAGAUUACGAAAAUGCAGAACAUUUUUCCCCAAGGCCACCAUCCGAUUUCAUUACUCACCUAGAAGAUACAUAAAAUAUACGUUUGCUCUUUCAAAUUAUUUCUCAUUUGCUUAUUUUAUUUGAAAUGUUUCAGACAAGUUAUUGAAUACUGAGUACAUAAUAUUUAAAAAAAAAAUAAUUGAGUAUAACAACGGUCAUUUUCUUUUCUUUUU